CACAUUUCAUGCAAUUUGGACUGUUCGACUUUGGAGUACCUCGCCGUCGCAGGACUCUCCAAAUCCUAACUUUCCAAACCCAACCCCUAGGUGCCAAUCUCCCAUUAAACCGCUGUCCAAGACUAACAGCAAGAUGGCUAACAAGACCCUUAACGAGGAUGAGAAGUUCCUCUUUGCAGACAAAGACUUCUUCAACAGCCCUGUGGCACAGGCAGACUGGGCCGCAAAGAAGCUGGUGUGGGUUCCAUCGGAGAAGCACGGCUUUGAGGCGGCCAGCAUGAAGGAGGAGAAAGGGGACGAGGUGCUGGUGGAGCUGGUUGAUAAUGGGAAGAAGAUUACAGUCAACAAGGACGACAUCCAGAAGAUGAACCCUCCCAAGUUCAGCAAGGUGGAGGACAUGGCUGAGCUCACCUGCCUGAACGAAGCCUCGGUACUGCACAACCUGAGGGAGAGAUACUUCUCCGGCCUCAUCUACACUUAUUCUGGCCUGUUCUGCGUGGUGGUGAACCCCUACAAAAUGUUGCCCAUCUACUCAGAGAAGAUCAUUGAUAUGUACAAAGGCAAAAAGCGACAUGAGGUUCCACCACACAUCUACUCCAUCACAGACAAUGCCUACAGGAACAUGAUGCAAGAUCGUGAGGACCAAUCUAUUCUCUGCACGGGUGAGUCUGGGGCUGGAAAGACAGAGAACACUAAGAAGGUCAUCCAGUAUCUGGCGGUUGUGGCCUCAUCUCACAAAGGCAAGAAGGACAUGAGUGCUGGGGAGCUAGAGAAGCAGCUGCUGCAAGCCAACCCCAUUCUGGAGGCUUUCGGUAAUGCGAAGACUAUAAAGAAUGACAACUCAUCACGUUUCGGCAAAUUUAUCCGCAUAAACUUUGAUGUGACGGGCUACAUUGUUGGAGCCAACAUCGAAACCUACCUACUAGAAAAGUCACGCUGUAUCAGACAGGCAAAAACAGAAAGAACCUUCCACAUCUUCUAUUACAUGGUGGCGGGAGCAAAGGAGAAACUACGGGAGGAGCUGUUGUUGGAGAACUUCAACAAGUACCGCUUCCUCGUAGAGGGUCAUGUGCAGAUCACAGGCACACAGGACGAUGAGAUGUAUGAUGAAACCAUGGAAGCCAUGAUGAUUAUGGGUUUGAAUGAGGAGGAGAGAGUAGGCAUCCUCAAGGUUGUGUCAACUGUGCUGCAGCUUGGAAACAUUGAGUUCAAGAAGGAGAGGAACCAGGAGCAAGCCACCAUGCCAGACAACACAGCUGCCCAGAAAGUGUGCCAUCUCUCAGGCAUCAACGUGACAGACUUCACCAGAGCUAUUCUGACUCCUCGUAUCAAAGUGGGCCGUGAGGUCGUACAGAAGGCCCAGACCAAAGAACAGGCUGAUUUUGCAAUAGAGGCACUGGCAAAGGCCACGUAUGAGCGCUUGUUCCGUUGGAUCCUGGGUCGGGUCAACAAAGCCCUGGACAAAACAAAACGUCAAGGCGCCUCCUUCCUGGGCAUUUUGGACAUUGCUGGUUUUGAAAUCUUUGAGGACAACUCCUUUGAGCAGCUGUGCAUCAACUACACCAAUGAGAAGCUCCAGCAGCUCUUCAACCACACCAUGUUCAUUCUGGAACAGGAGGAGUACCAGCGCGAGGGCAUCGAGUGGAACUUUAUUGACUUCGGCCUAGACCUGCAGCCCUGCAUUGAGCUGAUUGAAAGGCCGACCAACCCACCGGGUAUCUUGGCCCUGCUGGAUGAAGAAUGCUGGUUCCCCAAGGCCACAGACAUUUCCUUUGUAGAGAAACUAUGUAACACUCACGUCAAUCAUAUGAAAUUUGCCAAACCAAAACAGCUGAAGGACAAAACUGAAUUUUCUGUGUGUCAUUAUGCUGGGAGGGUGGAUUACAAUGCUGUAGCCUGGCUAACCAAGAACAUGGACCCGCUUAAUGACAACGUCACAGCACUGCUGAACAACUCAUCUAGUACUUUUGUGCAGGAUCUGUGGAAGGAUGUGGAUCGUGUUGUUGGGUUGGAGACAAUCGCCAAGAUGUCAGACAGCUCCAUGCCAAGCUCCUCCAAGACGAAAAAGGGGAUGUUCCGUACUGUUGGACAGCUGUACAAAGAGUCCCUGGCCAAGCUGAUGACCACGCUACACAACACACAGCCAAACUUCGUGCGCUGCAUUAUCCCGAAUCAUGAAAAAAGGGCAGGGAAGAUGGAUGCCCACCUGGUUCUGGAACAGCUCAGGUGCAACGGUGUACUGGAAGGUAUCAGGAUCUGCAGGCAGGGAUUCCCAAACAGGAUCGUCUUCCAGGAGUUCCGUCAGCGAUAUGAGAUACUGGCAGCCAAUGCGAUUCCAAAGGGCUUCAUGGAUGGCAAGCAAGCCUGCAUUUUAAUGAUUAAGCACCUGGACCUGGACCCUAACCUGUACCGAAUUGGUCAGAGUAAGAUCUUUUUCCGGACGGGAGUUCUAGCUCAGCUGGAAGAGGAACGUGACCUGAAGAUCACUGUUAUUAUAAUCGCCUUCCAGGCCCAAGCCAGAGGAUUCCUUGCCAGAAAGGCAUUUGCCAAACGCCAGCAGCAGCUGACGGCUAUGAGGGUGAUCCAGAGGAACUGUGCUGCCUACCUCAAGCUCAGGAACUGGCAGUGGUGGAGGCUCUUCACCAAGGUUAAGCCCCUGCUCCAGGUGACCCGCCAGGAAGAGGAGAUGAGCCUAAAGGAGGAGGAACUCCAGAAAGCGAAAGAGGCUUCGCAGAAAUAUGAGACAGAGCUCAAAGAUAUCAUGCUGAAACACACACAGCUGGUGGAUGAGAGGAAUGCCCUGGCAGAGCAGCUGCAGGCGGAGACGGAGCUGUACGCGGAGGCGGAGGAGAUGAGGGCGCGUCUGGCGGCCAAGAAGCAGGAGCUGGAGGAGAUCUUGCACGAGAUGGAAGCACGGCUGGAGGAGGAGGAGGACCGGAGUGCCUCCUUGCAGGUGGAAAAGAAGAAAAUGCAGCAACAGAUGCAGGAUCUAGAGGAGCAUCUGGAGGAAGAGGAGGAUGCUCGUCAGAAGCUGCAGCUAGAGAAGGUCACAUGUGAUGGCAAGAUUAAGAAGCUGGAGGAUGACGUUCUAGUGAUGGAAGACCAGAACAAUAAACUGUUGAAGGAGAGGAAGCUGUUGGAGGAGAGAGUGGCUGAUUUCAGUGCCAAUUUGGCUGAAGAGGAGGAGAAAUCUAAAAACCUGACCAAACUUAAGAACAAACAUGAAUCCAUGAUAUCUGAACUGGAGGUGCGCUUAAAGAAAGAGGAAAAGACCCGACAGGAGCUGGACAAAGCCAAAAGGAAGCUGGAGGCUGAGUCCAAUGACCUGCAGGAGCAGAUUGCGGACCUGCAGGCUCAGAUCGCCGAGCUGAAGGCCCAGCUUGCCAAGAAGGAGGAGGAGCUUCAGGCUGCGCUCGGACGGUUGGAGGAUGAGACAGCUCAGAAGAAUAAUGCCCUGAAGAAGAUUCGGGAGCUGGAGGGCCUGAUCUCAGACCUGCAGGAGGACCUGGAUUCAGAGCGUGCUGCCCGGAAUAAGGCAGAAAAGACCAAGAGAGACUUGGGGGAGGAGCUAGAAGCCCUGAAAUCUGAGUUGGAGGACACACUAGACAGCACAGCAGCGCAGCAGGAGCUACGGGCAAAGAGGGAGCAGGAAGUGACCCUGCUGAAGAAGGCCAUGGACGAGGAGAGUCGCAGCCAUGAGGCUCAGGUGCAAGAGAUGAGACAGAAACACACACAGGCCGUGGAGGAGCUCACAGAGCAGCUGGAGCAAGCCAAAAGGGUGAGGUCCAACCUGGAGAAGGCCAAGCAGGCUCUGGAAAAGGAGACAUCAGAGCUGACAGUGGAGAUCCGCUCACUCUCUCAGGCCAAGCAGGAUGUGGAGCACAAGCGCAAGAAGGUGGAGGGACAGCUGACAGACCUGCAGGCUCGCUUCAAUGACAGUGAGAAACAGAAAGCCGAGCUGGGAGACCGCGUAUCCAAAAUUACAGUCGAAUUAGAGAGCGUCACCAGCCUCCUGAACGAAGCAGAAGGGAAGAACAUCAAGCUGAAUAAGGAUGUGGCCAGCCUGACAUCUCAGUUCCAAGACACUCAGGAGCUCUUGGCAGAGGAGACGAGGCAGAAGUUACAGUUCUCCACCAAGCUGCGUCAGAUGGAGGAUGAACGCAACAGCCUGCAGGAGCAGUUGGAAGAGGAGACGGAGGCCAAGAGGAACGUAGAGCGACACGUCUCCACUCUCAAUAUCCAGCUGUCCGACUUUAAGAAGAAGCUGGAGGAGAUGUCCGGGAAUGUGGAGUUGCUGGAAGAGGGUAAGAAGCGUCUGCAGAGAGACCUGGAGGCAUCCAACACUCAGUUUGAGGAGAAAGCAGUCGCCUACGAGAAGCUGGAGAAGACCAAGAACAGGCUGCAGCAGGAGCUGGAGGAUAUUCUGAUGGACCUGGACAACCAGCGACAGCUUGUAUCCAACCUGGAGAAGAAGCAGAAGAAAUUUGAUCAGAUGCUGGCGGAGGAGAAGAGCAUCUCCUGUAAGUAUGCAGAGGAGCGGGACCGUGCAGAGGCAGAGGCUCGAGAGAAGGAAACAAAGGCUUUGUCUCUGGCACGAGCACUGGACGAAGCGCAGGAUGCUCGCGAGGAGCUUGAGAGAGCAAACAAAGCUUUGCGCGCAGAGAUGGAGGACCUAGUCAGCUCCAAGGAUGAUGUGGGCAAGAAUGUGCAUGAGCUGGAGAAGUCAAAGCGUGGUCUGGAGGCACAGGUGGAGGAGAUGAAGACCCAGCUGGAGGAGCUGGAGGACGAGCUGCAGGCAGCAGAGGAUGCCAAGCUGCGUCUGGAGGUGAACAUGCAGGCCCUCAAAGCCCAGUUUGAGCGUGACCUGCAGGGCCGAGACGAGCAGGGAGAGGAGAAGAGGAAGCAGCUGGUCAAGCAGGUGCGUGAGCUGGAGACAGAGCUGGAGGAUGAGCGCAAGCAGAGAGCUGCACUGUCAGCAUCCAAGAAGAAGAUGGAAGGAGACAUGAAGGACCUCGAGGGUCAGAUUGACACAGCUAACAAGGGCAGGGACGAAGCCAUCAAACAGCUCCGCAAGCUCCAGGCCCAGAUGAAGGACUUCCAGAGGGAGCUGGACGAUGCACGUGCUGCCAGGGAGGAUGUGCUGUCCACCGCAAAGGAGAGUGAGAAGAAGGCCAAGAACCUGGAGGCCGAGCUCAUGCAGCUACAGGAGGAUUUGGCUGCAGCAGAGAGAGCCAAGAAGCAGGCUGAGACCGAGCGGGACGAGUUGGCCGAUGAGCUUGCCAGCAACGCAUCUGGAAAGUCUGCGCUGAGUGAUGAGAAGCGCCGUCUGGAGGCAAAGAUCUCCCAGCUGGAGGAGGAGCUGGAAGAGGAGCAGGGCAACAUGGAGAUGCUCAAUGACAAGCUGCGGAAGAGCUCGCAGCAGGUGGAUCAACUAACAAAUGAGCUACAGACAGAACGCACCACCUCUCAGAAGAACGAGAGUGCCCGUCAGCAGCUGGAGAGGCAGAACAAAGAUCUGAAGGCCAAACUGCAAGAGAUGGAGAACCAGGUUAAAUCCAAGUUUAAGUCCUCUAUUGCCGCCCUGGAAGCGAAAGUGUCUCAACUGGAAGAGCAGCUUGACCAGGAAAACAGGGACAAGCAGGCAGUGGCUAAAACGGUGCGGCAGAAGGAGAAGAAGCUGAAGGACAUGAUGAUUCAGGUGGAAGAUGAGAGGAAACAAGCAGAGCAGUACAAAGACCAGGCGGACAAGGCAAACGCUCGUGUGAAGCAGCUGAAGAGGCAGCUGGAGGAGAGUGAGGAGGAGUCUCAGCGCAUCACAGCCGCCCGCAGGAAGCUGCAGAGAGAGCUGGACGAGGCCACAGAGGCCAACGACGCCAUGAGCCGUGAGGUCAGCGCCCUCAAGAACAAACUCAGACGAGGUAACGAGCCAUCCUUCAGCAGCUCAACGAGACGCUCGGGGGCGGGCCGUCGAGGGGUGAUUGACAGCUCUGAUGCUGCUGAGGAUGACGCAGACAUGCAGGGCGACUACAACGGAACCAAAGCAGGAGAGUAGAGAUGGCACCCUGCCCAGCCACACCCUCAUUCACAAACAUAACUUCAUCUGCUUGAAAAAUAACCACAAUUAAAAAAUGUUGUACAAUCAAGCACUGCUGUUCAAUCAGGCUUCUCAUGAGUGGUAAUUUCUUUAAUUGACACAAUCUCAAUUUUUGCUAGCCCUUGGCCUUGCAGUAUUGGGCUAUAUUGUUGUUGCCAGUAUUAUUUUUGUCUGAUCUCUUACCAAGGACAGAGAAUAUAGCUUUUUGAAGAUGGCUCGUUAAGGUUUGUUAAGGUUACUGAAGAGAUAAUGCUUAAAGUAAUGCCAGUAAAAUUUUUCUGGGCCAAGCUGUGCACAUUUAUGUUAAAAUUUGCUUUGCAAUAUGUAACAGAUCAUCUAUAUUUUAAUUUUAAACUCUUUUGAAUGUCUUCCUUCUCCAUCUCCAAGUUCUGCACUGCAUGAUAUGUGUAGUGUCCUGCACCACAUUGUUGUGAUACAGCACACAGGUGUAACACUAGCAUGUAAACAUGUUAGUAAUAACACGAGAGUCUGUCUGCUCCUAAAAAGCCUCUCUGGAUAGUUAUACCAAGAGUUUGUAAGUAUGGAGAUGCAAGGACUAGGCAUUUUUGCUCCCUGCGCAGGGAGAUGACUUCCAGUCUCUGAUGGAGUGCAACUUCCCAAAACAAAACAGGAAAUUCCAGGCUAAAUGCAGCAUUUUCUAUGCUUUUUUCCUCUUUCUAACAGGGCUUUGGACGAGCUAUAGCAAAAACAGCAAUAAAGAUCAGGUAUUUUGAAACAAAUUUUAUAGCACUUUAUGAUCACUUUCAGUCUAUGCAGUAGAGUAUUUUAUAUAAGAAGACUGCAUUCUACUGUAACUUCAGAGAACCAAAAAAGAAGUAGUAUAGGGAUCUUAUUCUCAAACACAAAAUAUUUAUACAUUUUAAAUAGAAAUAUUCUAUGUGUAUUUGGCCCCAAUGAGUUAUCUUAUUAAGACAGAGCUGGACAGAUCUUUGGGGGAGACAUGGACUGUUAAAUGUUCAAUGUCUACAUCAGUUAAUAGAGCUAUUGGCCCUUCCUAACCCGUAAAAGGAACUAGAUAGUAUUCGAUGAUAUGAUCCUAUUGUUCUAACCCCACUCCACUUGUCACCAAAAUGUAAUCAAUGUUUAUUGGAAAUUAUAUUUCACUCUAUGAAUUUGUGAAACCACUUGCACAUUAAAAUAAAGUGUGAAAUAAAAAUUGUCUCUAAUGGGUUUUAA